UGAGUACACAAAUGCCGAGUACAUUAUCUAAUACCACUUAAUUUUUAAUAUAGUUAUUGAUACUAUAGGUAUUAUUUAUUUUAAACAAUUAGGAACAAUAUUGAAUUUCCAGUUGAGAACUAAGAAAUGCGUUCAUAAUGGAAUGUCCGUUGAGAAGAGUGUCAGUGGGCCUAGAAAGUGAAAUGACGAUUUCUAAAAAAAUAUUUGGUUCAAGACAAAAUUCUUUUCAAGUGUUGAACGAUGAACCAGAAGAGGGAAAUGAAACUCUUAAUUUGAAACAUUUGAAUCAAGCUAUUCUUAUAUUAACUGCGCCUCCGAAUGAAGCUUUGGAGGUAGCAGUGAAUAGUAUAAUGUUAAAGGAGGAAAAACGUAAUUCACAGAAGUUCUGGUUCUUGAACCAACUUCCUAGAAAUAUUAGCAACAUCUCUCAUUAUGCUUAUUUGGAUGACUUAUUUGACAUACUUAAAACAGAAAGUGAUGUCAAUGAAAUUGAAUUCUUAGACAGAUUAGGCCAAGAAUUAAUUGUAACAACAUGUACAGGAAGAUUAGAAGCAGCAUUUAUGUGCCUAGGAAGUAAUUUAAAAGAAUUUCUGACAACACUUGAUGGUGUACACGACGUAUUAAAAAGUAAAGACAUCAAUCAAGAAGAAGAUCAACAAAUUGAAACAUUUGUGUGCACUUAUACCAGUGAAAAAUAUAUACAACUAGAUUUCACAACGGACAAAAUUUCGAUGUCUUUUUUAAUGGUUGGAAUUCUAAAAGCUGUUGCCAAAAUUUUAUAUUCAACAGACGUGGAUGUGGCAGUAACUCAAAGUAGAAAAGACGGAAGGAGUUUUAGGUACAUCAUACAAAAAAUUAUUAAUGAAGAUUGUAGGAGUUACUGCCCGGAAAUUAUAUCAACCCCUAUGACCAGUAAACUUGAAAUGAGUGUUCCAACAUUUUGCAAAGCUUUUCCUUGGCAUUUUGUUCUAGAUCGACAUUUGGAAUUUGUGCAGUUGGGUUACGGAUUUAUGCGGCUCUUUGGACGCAUACUUCCCAUACAUGGUACUUCUGUGGCUACAUACUUCGAAUUUUCCCGACCUAGAAGUAUUACUUUAACCUUCAACGACAUAAUUAAAACCUCUAAUACGCCAUUUUUAUUAACUUUACGAAACCCUUUUGGACAUGAUUUAUUUGCAGAGGCAAGUCCACACACAAGUUUUAAAGACUGCUUACAAAUAAAAGGUCAAAUGAUAUAUUGUAAAGAGACUGACUCAAUAUUAUUUAUUGGGUCUCCUUUUAUCGAUGGUUUAAAUGGUCUCACUGGUAGUGGACUCUUCAUAUCUGAUAUUCCACUUCAUGAUGCGACCAGAGAUGUUAUCUUAGUCGGAGAACAAGCACGAGCACAGGACGGUUUAAGAAGAAGAAUGGAUAAGCUGAAGAAUUCAAUUGAAGAAGGAAAUAAAGCAGUUGACAAGGAAAGAGAAAAAAAUGUUAGCUUGCUACAUUUAAUCUUUCCUCCGGAUAUAGCAAAAAAGCUUUGGUUAGGAGAAUCUAUAGAAGCCAAAACACACGAAGACGUAACGAUGUUAUUCAGUGAUAUAGUUGGUUUUACAUCGAUUUGCUCUACAGCUACACCUAUGAUGGUGAUAAAUAUGUUACAAAAUCUCUAUAAUCAAUUCGAUAUAUUCUGUGGUCACAUUGAUGUGUAUAAG